AUGUCAGAAACAGAAGUCAAACAAACAUCUUCAGAACCUUUGGACUUGAUAAGACUACUCUUGGACGAACAAGCUUAUGAUUCACAUUGUAAUAUAGUGCUAAGUGAUGCUAUAGAGACAAUCUAUGACAUAGAGGAAGGAAGUGAUGAAUUAAAAUCAACAACCAAAAAUUCAGAAAUUUUAUUCGUUAGAGGUGAUUCAGUUAUCCUAAUAAGUUCUCCAUCAGAUGAAUAG